AUGUUUAAGAUCUGGGGAAUGACGGCUCAGAGUCAGGGGAUGCUCGUAUCUCGUCGGCAUCACCGCUCCGUCGGCGACCCGUGGGCGCCGGCAACGCCGUGGGACCCCGGUCGGCACUCUCGGCUUCUCUGCCCCUGGCCAUCUACCAAACUCCCCUUGGUGCCUGAGUCGUAUCUCGACCAGGGUGAAGGUUUCAACCGGGACUCGGGUCUCAUGCUGCCCCCACACAAUAUCGAGUUCCCCUGGCUAAAAGACAGCGGACGAGUGAUCACGACAGACGUCAACGGUGCUGCGGAUGAGCCAGUGGCCGAGCCGCCGGGUCCUGUCUCCUUUGGGCCCCGAGAUGCUUCGAGAGGGAACUGGAGUUCAGGGAUCUUUAUCAAUACUAAGGUCCAAGUGAACCGUGCCAUCUCCAGCGGCACGCUGUCGUUCGAACUUGUCCCCUUUCAAGACAAACACGAUUCCCGACGCGAUCGUGCGUCGACCGAAGACGCGGCGAAGAUGUCUCCGAGACAUCGGAAUCGAACCAUCCCGACUUCUUCAACGAUCCUCAUCUCAUACCUCGCGUCGAUAACUCAUGCCACAUUCACCAAUGACUUUUCAGCGUAUCCAGAAGCAGCGAGAUCAUGUCUCGACUCCGCCGCUGCCGCGUCCGGGUGUACCGGUAACACGGUGACGGAGAUGAACUCAUGCCUGUGCGGGAAUGGCGGAAACUUUGUGCUGGCGACGUCACAGUGCGUGGAAAAAGAGGCAAAAGACAAGCUUGACGACGUUUACGAGAUGCUUCUGACCUCCUGCACGGACUCGAAAACGCCACUGGGCAUUUCUCAGGCACAAUUCCUAGACCCCGACGACGACGAAACCAAAUCAACAGCCUCUUCCUCAUCUACUUCUCAAAGCAGCACAACACUAUAUACCUCCACGACCGCACCGCCAACCGAAAAACCAGCAUCCUCAACAACAUCGACAUCGACAUCUCUCACAACGUACAAGAGCGUUGCACCAGGAGGAGUCACAGUUACGGUGACGAGAGGAGUUGAGACAGUGCCGACUGGGACGGCAAGUGGAAAGCAAGGAAGCAAUGCCGAAGGGGACCAAACUACCACCGGCGAUGAGGGGCCUGGUCAUACGGCUCUUGCUGCAGGACUUGCAGGAGGACUGGCGAUCCUAUUGGGUGUUUUGGCGUUCUUUUGCUACAGACGCCGAAAGCAGCGCAAGGAGAGAAAGGGACAAGUCGGUGCUGGUGGAAAAUUCGCAGCCUUAUCCAGCGCGACUAGCCUCACCACGAUGUCGGCUUCACCGCCGCAGGGGCAGGCGACAACAGCAUAUCACGGUGUAAACGACCGACGGCCCGAUACGGCAAACACGAUGAAUAUGGCGGUGGGCACUCCGGGAUGGAAUCGUCAGCAACAAGAGCCACAAAGUCCCCAACAUUGGCAGAACAACAACUCUCCUGGGCACUACGGCCAGCAAGCAGGAACCUGGCCGUCACCAGUUGCCAACGGGGACGGGGCUACCGGAACAUGGGGGGUUUCGCCCGUCUCUCAGUAUCGUCCAAACUCAUCCAGGGGUCCCGAACCGUCACCACAUACCGGAACCUGGAAUGCGCAUGCCGCUGAGAUGGCAGCCGCUCCGGUUCCCGCGCCCCAUCCUUCACAUCCCUCAAAUAACACAUACUCUCCCGUCUUUGAGUUGCCGGGAGAUCAAAUACAAGCCGUAGAGGCAGACUCGACACCAGUCGGCCAUGCUCAGCCUGUGGUGCAACCGCCUUCGCGUUCAAUACAAUCGACGCCAGCUCAGAUGCAAGCACAACCGGCGCAGCCAGCACCAGCACAUCACGGAAUGCCGAGACAGAUCGACGACGCACUUCAAAUAUCGCGAGUAGAAUUGCCGCCGCCUCGGUACUCAGGCCCGUCAUCACCAGAUUGGGUCAGCGAGGAUAAGAAGUUUGGCUAG